CAGAGGCCCUGUGAUCACCUGACCACCACUCCGUCACGUCAGAGAGCGGAACGCCAUUAGGCUGGUGGCAGAGCUUCAUCAGGAGUGAAUCAGUGUUUAAUAGUGUUCAAGACUUCAUGCGAAGCGUAGAUUGGUGGCUGUUUGUUUGUGUUGCUGUCAUCUGCGGAUCUCUAUGGCUGCUGUGAUCGGCUAGGGGUUCGAAUAAGGCUUUGUUUUCGCGUCUGGGAGAGAGUUUGGGCAUGGCGGCGGCUGGAGGGAAGACGUACUCGUUCAAGGUGGUGUUGCUGGGGGAGGGUUGCGUCGGCAAAACAUCGCUGGUGCUGCGAUACUGCGAGAACAAAUUCAACGACAAACACAUCACCACCCUUCAGGCAUCGUUCCUUACAAAGAAGCUCAAUAUCACAGGAAAGAGAGUGAAUCUGGCUAUAUGGGAUACGGCUGGUCAGGAGCGUUUUCAUGCCCUUGGCCCCAUCUACUACAGAGAUUCCAACGGCGCAAUAUUGGUGUAUGAUGUCACAGAUGAGGACUCGUUUCAGAAGGUGAAGAAUUGGGUAAAAGAAUUAAGAAAAAUGUUGGGGAAUGAGAUCUGUUUAUGUAUUGUAGGCAAUAAAAUUGACUUGGAAAAAGAGCGACACGUUUCAGUGGAGGAAGCAGAGGGAUAUGCAGAGUCAGUGGGUGCAAAACACUAUCACACAUCAGCCAAAUUAAACAAAGGCAUUGAGGAGCUGUUUCUGGACCUGUGUAAACGCAUGAUGGAGACUGCUCAGGUGGAGGAGAGGUCAAGGGGGAACGGUGCCAGUCAGACAAGCACAGCCCGGAGAGGCGUACAGAUCGUUGAUGACGAGCCGCAGACUGCCAUGCCCGCCGGAGGCUGUUGUACAUCCGGAUAAACACACUUACACCCUUUUACCAUACCUGGGACUGAUAACAGCCUCUCUCGCCCUCCUCUGUGUAAGAACUGCCACUUCCCACAGCUACACUUAUUUGCGACUGCUCUACAGCUCUGUCGAGGCUUUGCUUUAACAGUUUAUUCCUUAUUGAAACGGUUGAUUUAUAACUCCACCCUUUUGCCGGCAGACUUUAGGGGAGAAAAGAUGCCAGACUGACCUUCACUUAGGCAAAUUAUUACAAAUAGGUACCAAACGAUAACGCCCAAUCUUAAGAAACACACAUGCACUGAUACAUUUCCCUAACAAUCUGAUGUUAGCUCUUUUUUUUUUCUUUUGGCAAGGUGUUGUGCAUGUAGAAUCUUUAAAAUCCUUGUUUUAUUUUACGUCUAAGAAAAAAAAGAAAUUCUUUAUUAUUUAAUAACUUAUUUACAAUUUCAUCAAACAUCUACAUGUCCAAAGACCUUUGUACUUCUUGUGUCAUUCUUAUACAGUCUCAUCCUCCUGUCAUUCAUAUUUUCUGUAUCUUUCUUAAAAAUGCAACAUUAAAGUCCUUCUAGAACAUUUAAACUCCUUGUAGAUUUUGUCUUUUCUCUUCAGCUUGCCGAUUUACCAAAUUUUAAAAAAGGAAAAAAAUGUUGUUUGCUUGCUAAAUUCUUUAUAGAGAAAAAUAUCCAAUACUGUGUACUUGACAUUUUCAAGCUAUCAAAUGCAGUCAUAAAAGUGUAUAAAUAUUCAAUAUUAAUGUUGUAUGAAUGUAAAAUGAAUAAUAAUGGCUGUGGUAAUUUUUUUUUUUUUUUUAAUUUUGUGUUUUAACUGUUACUUUUACUAUGUUAAUUGUUUUUUUGUUUUUUUUUUUGUUUUAAAGACCUGAACAUUUGGACAGUUUUUGGAAGUACUAAUAGUUUCCACAACCACAUCACCUGUAAAACUGAGGUGCAGCUGUGAGCCUACUGUGCCUUUAAAUAAAAGUGUCUAGAUUGACCCACC